GCUGCCAUGCACAGGCCAACCGGCCUAUUGCAGACUACUUAUGUUCUUAUGUUCUUAUGUUCUUAUAGCAGUUUGUUAAAAAUAUUCGCUUUCCAUUUAUGCUUUGGUUUUAGCUCUUGUCUACUAGAUAACGCAACAAUCGGGGAACUGAAGAAAAAUAAGAUCGUCAUGCUUAUUUCUUGGCCACAACCCACCUCGGUCUGCAGGCUCGGCUGUGUGGUUGCCUCACUCACACCCGAGCACCGGUACCAACAGAAGAUGGAGGGCAUUACACCCGGCAGAAGGAUCCCACUGGUGGACCUGGGCCAACUAGGUCUGAUGCAUGACGAGGAGCCCAGUCAGGAGGAGUGGCAGCGGGUGGCACGACAGCUGCACGACGCCUUCACUGACAUUGGCUUCGUGUACCUCACCAACCACGGCGUGUCUGACGACCAGAUGGACCACCUCUUCAAGUCAAGUGCCACCUUUUUCAACCUGGACGAGGAGACGAAGAUACGCUACCAGAGAGACCCAGAGAAACAGCAGGGAUACGUGGCAGUAGACAGAGAAACAUUGGAUACAAAGGAAAUGUCUCAUGAGCUGCGCGAGGCCUACGAUCUGAGUAGAGUUGAUGGACUUUUCCCUGAUGUGGAGGUUCCAUCUCUCAGACCAGCCGCGGCAUCCUUUUACAAGUCCUGCACAACCCUCACCAACAGGCUCCUUAUUGCCCUGGCUCACAGCCUCGGAUUAGAACGGAACUUAUUCACCUCGGCUCACAAAGGCUUAUGCAAAGACAAUAAUUUGACUUGUCUGCGUCUGCUGCACUACCCGCCUGUCCCCGACACCAUCCCGGAGAACACCAUCCGCUGUGGAGCCCACACUGACUACGGCACCAUUACGCUACUCUUCCAGGACAACAUGGGUGGCCUCCAGGUACGUGAACGCGGAGGGUCAUGGGUGGAGGCAGUCCCUGUGCCCGGCACCAUCCUGGUAAACGUGGGUGACCUCCUACAGUUCUGGACAGCCGACAAGUUCCUCGCCACGGAGCACCGGGUGUUGAUCCCCAAAGAGGAGCUGCAACGGAAGGCGUCUCGUCACUCUAUCGCCUUCUUCAUCAACCCUGACAACUCAGUUCUCAUUAAGCCCCUCGAUGGCUCCAGCAGCCACCAGCCCAUCACGGUCAAGGACCACCUAUUCUACAAGCUCAGGAAGUCCCACAACUACUAACAACUUCCUUAGGACUGCGAUCUUCUCCACGGCUAACUGCCACUACUUGGAGAAGUUGGGUAACCGUUAAUGACAUUCAGUUUAUGUUGAGGCCUGCACCCCAGGAAGGUUCAAUACACCUACACCUACAUGAUACAGUGUUAUCAACUCAUUUUUUUAGAAAUUUAAUCAGGAAAUAGUUAAACAAAAAUUAUUAUUGACCUGUGCCCUGGUGGGCUAAUCCUAUUAAAAAUCUGAAGGUGGCCUGGUGCUGAUGUGCAAUCUUAUCUCAUAUGGGUUCGAUAUUGCUUCACUUUGGGAGGAAGCUAACUUUUGUUCGGGACUGCAAAGUAUGUUUGUACUGUACAUACAUACAUACUACUAAGAGUGACAAGUAUAUAUUUCUUUGUGUUUCCUUAAAUGUUACCUUAUUGCUUAUUAUUCUAAAAUAUUCUGUAAAGUUGUUCCACUCAUCACAUGACGAGUAUGAAACAAACCUCUUUCACAUAUCUGUUUGUGGUUUAGGUGGACUUAAAUGACCUUCAUAUCUGGUAUUUAUAUGGUGGACACUCACAGCACUAAUAAAAGUGACAGUUGGACUUAAAUAAAGUCGACUAAAUACAAAUUGUAUAGAUUUCAGCACAUAAAUAUUAUGGACCUUGAGCCUUUUACAGUGCAUCAGUGUAACUGCCUCCUAACAUUAUUAUUACAAUUUUCUGUAGUAUCUGUAGAAGGUAUAGAGCCAAUCCCCUGCAUGUAACUCUACAAUAAUGAAGACAUGGGUGAGACAAACUAUAUAAAAAUAUACAGUCAAUCAUAACUGGGAA